CUAGGGUAGGUGUCACCCGGUGUGGUAACACUUGGUGACACCCCCUCCGACGAUCCCUGCAGAAUGGAUCGGAUCUGCGAAUUGAGCAAAAUGGAUCGUUGGCAUGCAACCUAUACGGAGUGACACCGGACCCGCUCCAAGAACAGCGGGGAUCGUCGGCUUGCUUUACAACUUACCUUUUUGUGGAGCGGGUCCGGUGUCACCCCGUGUGGUCGGUGUCACCUGGUGCUGUCCGCACCCUCCGCACCUGCAUCAGGACGCCACUGGAUAAAAGUGCAAACAGUUGAAUUUCCAAUAUAAAUG